UCAAAUUUUAGAAGGAUUAGGAUUUUAUUGGAAAUACUAUUGGGACCAGAAGGUUGAGAGAAUUAAAAUAACUUUAAAAAUCACCAGGAUCAGUAGGCAAAAGAAAAAAGUUGUAAGGCAACAAGAACCUGUUACAUUAUUUAUGAUGAAUGCUGCCACACAAAUGUUAAAAAGGGCCGUUGAGCUGGACAACAACAAAAAAUAUUCAGAAGCUAAGAUUUGUUAUGAAGAAGGUAUCGAACUUCUUAUCAAGUCUGUUUCUACAUUGGCAGAUGAAAAAGCAAAGGCACAAAUUCGAAACAAAAUAGCUGAAUACAUGAAAAGGGGUGAAGAAUUGAAGCAACAUAUCCAAAAGCAUAAUGCAUCAGGAAAAUUUCAUGAAACAAUAAAAAUAAAGAAUGGACAAAUUGGUUGCAGCUAUUCCACUUUGUUUUCAAAAUACAUUGAUAAAAAAUUAAACUGUGUAACCAUUCAAGAUGCGUAUAUCAGAAGCCAUCAUCAACUUCUUAACUUAUUACGAUUUUGUGAAUUACUAGUGAAAAGGGGAAAAUCUUUGAAAAAUAUCACUGUUAUAACCGGCCGUGAUGAAAUAAAACCUGAAGAACAGUCUGCAAAGUUGGAAGAACUGACAAACAGUUUAAAGUCUGUUGGCGUCUCUCUCAAAGUAGAAUUUUCCGAUAUUAUACACGACAGGGAAAUUUUGUUGGACAAUGGUUGGAUAAUCAAAAUUGGACGUGGUCUCGAUUAUUUCAAAUCACCAAAAGGAAGAGUGUCAUUAGGUUUUUGUGAUUUUGAUUUAAGGGAGUGCCAUGAAACGAACAUUGAUAUCUAUGUGAUUCAGUGAGAAUAGGUGUUACCAGAGAAAUAUCAUUAUGUCUUUAUUUGCAUUUUGGGAUGCUGCAAAUGUUGAAAUAAAGACUAGUACAUGUUAGCCACCAUUUGUGAUUGAUCUUGUUGGUCUUAUCAUUGAUUUUAAAGUAUUUAUAUUUAAUGUACAUAUAUUUGCUGAAAUCAUUUUCUUAAUGUUGAUACCAAAGCCAUUUUUACUAUGUUGCUGUUGGAUGACUUUUUUUAAAUUUUAUAUAUAAUACAAAAAACUUUUCCUAUGGAUACUAAGGACUAGCAGAUUUGGUGUCACAGAUACCAUCACAUUGUAUAUUGAUAACAUCAUAUUGUUUUUAUGGUUUGCAUGUCAUUUUUUAACUGACUAUUGCAAAGGCAUAAAACUAUGGUAUUGAAUCAAGAAUGUGUCUUUGUUUUUUGCAGUAUGUAUAAUACAAACAUAUAUUUUUCA